AAACGAAGAAAAUAGUUGCCAAUUACCAUAUUCCCCAGAAUUGUUCCGAGUCAAGGUAAUUUAGAUUGAUGUAAUAAUACAUAACAUAAUUCGAGAAUAAAAUGUGAAUGUUAACUACCUUCACUUAGUUGCAAGACUUACAACUACCGAUUAGCUUGAUAGAAUCCGGGUUACACCCUUUACCCUUAAAAUAACCUCAAAAAUAUGUCAUAGCCCCAAUACAAACAUCCCACAAAUAGCAAUCAAAAUCCCCUUGCAAAACCUUAAACCACCUGAAAAAUUGAAAAUCCACUCCUUGCUAAUCAAACUCAACAAUGGCUUCCACUAUCCCAGCAACCACUACAUUCUCUUUCUCUCCCCUUAACAAAAGAACCCAUCUAAUUCCUCCCUCCAUUACACACUACAAACUUUACACCCCUAAUCUACCCUCUCCAUUUAUAACCCUCCAAAAGGGCACUUCCCAUUUCACGAUUAACCCUCAAUUUAUCUCUCAUCCCUCCAAAGUAAGGGCACCUGCAACAAGAAAUCCAGAAAAUACCCCAACAAACGAAUUGGGGGUCACAAUUUUUGGGGAAAAACCCUUGAAAACUGUGUUAUGGGUGUUAUUUUGGACAUCUAUUUCUCUUACAAUUUUUGCAUUUUCUAAAGAUAGUAAGGCUUCUGCUGCUACUGUUGCUGUAAUUGCUAGUGAUUCCUCCAUUAAAGCUUCGAGCUUUGGGGUUAAAGUUGCUACGUUUUUAAGGGGUUCUGGUUGGCCUGAUGAAGCUAUUGUUUUUGCUCUUGCUACUCUUCCUGUAAUUGAGCUUCGUGGGGCAAUUCCUGUUGGUUAUUGGAUGAAACUCAGUCCUCUUUUGCUCACUGUUUUGUCAAUUUUAGGGAACAUGGUUCCAGUUCCUUUCAUUAUUCUCUACCUAAAGAAGUUUGCCACUUUUGUUGCUGGGAAGAACCGUACAGCAUCGAGAUUUCUGGACAUGCUAUUUGAGAGGGCCAAAGAGAAGGCUGGACCAGUGGAAGAGUUCCAAUGGCUUGGUUUGAUGUUGUUUGUAGCAGUGCCUUUCCCUGGUACUGGAGCAUGGACUGGUGCUAUCAUUGCUUCCGUGCUGGACAUGCCCUUCUGGCCUGCUGUAACAGCAAAUUUCUUUGGUGUGGUGGGUGCUGGACUUCUUGUCAAUCUGCUAGUGAAUCUUGGCCUCAAGUAUGCUAUUAUAACGGGUGUUCUCCUCUUCAUUGUUUCAACGUUUAUGUGGAGCGUGCUUCGAAGUCUUAAAAAGUCUCUGAAAUCAGCAAACUAACUGUACUCAAAUUCAACCAUUUAUUACACUAACCUUCUGUUGUAUGGGAACUUGACCAUCUCAGCACCUCUCCUACCCCACUACAGAACAGCAGUAGAUCAAUUCUUUUCUUAGUUUCAUACUAACUUUGUGAAUGUAUCUUGAAAUCUUGACAUAAUGAGAAACAAAUCAGUAUUAUUACCUGCAGAUGAACUUACUGAUAGAA